GUUACUCUCUAAACUGCCCCCCAACAUGGGAGGAGUAGUUCAAGCCAACCAACAGAGGACUUUGAUAGCCGGGUAAAAGUGUAAAUGUGUAUAUUGUAGCGUUGUGCGUAACAGAUUAUUAAUGCACGUGUAAUACAGUCUUUUUGCUUAACUGCCUCGUAUAGAAUAUUAAAAUGGCACGACUGUAAACAAAGCAACAUUUUGACAAUUUUUCAUAACGUUACGUUACCGAAGAUUGGGGCGGCGAACGUUAUUUAUAGUUAGCUUCACGUCACCGCGUUUAUCGUUUACAAGAUUAGCAAGCUAGCUACACCUGAAAUUCAUAUGAAGCGUCACACAAUUUAGCUGAAAUAUGUCAACAACAUCGUUGGAUAAAGAACUGCAAGAACGUCUAAGAGAGGCCAGUGCCAUCGGAGACAUUGAUGAAGUGCGGAAGCUGGUCGAGAGCGGAAUAAAUGUCAACUCUCAAAAUGAAAUCAACGGCUGGACAUGUUUGCAUUGGGCAUGCAAGCGAAACCACAAACACGUUGUGGCAUAUCUUCUGAACUCAGGAGCUGAUCAGAAUAUUGUGACCGCAAAGGAAGAGUUAGCAGUACAGCUGACUUCCAAACCUGAGAUCAGAAGACUAUUAGGAGUGGAAGAGGAGGAUGUGCCUGAAUUGAAAGAGCCAGAGCUGCCAAUCAUUCCCAGCUACCUGUCCAACCCACCCUUCAUGUUCAGCAAGACAGAUACAGAUGACCUGAUGUUGGCACAAAAUGGCACCCAGAACGGCUCUAGCGAUCACACGGAGGACCCUGACAGUGAGCCGGCCACCCUUUCCCCUACCCAGGAGCUCUCCCCCCAGCACCCGCAACCACCACCGCCAUCACAGACGCAUCCGAGCGCUCCAAGCCGUGCCUCACCCCCACAGCAACAUCGGCAGUCGCUGCCGGGCCCCAGAGAGGGAGCGUUCAUCCCGGUUUCGGAGCAGAACGGCAUGGUAUCAACCCCCACCAUGAACGGGGGCCUGCCCAUCGAGAUCUCUCCCGAGCCGCACCACCCCCACCUCCUGGCGCAGAACGGCGCCGUGUGCCCCACAGUGCCCUCCCCUGGUGCCAGCUCUGGGCAGCCCCCCAUCAGCCGGCAACCGUCCAUCCCCCAGCAGCUCAACGGGCCCCAGGCUGCUGGGUCCAUGCCUGCCUUCCAGCCCUUCUUCUUUACUAGCACCUUCCCUGUCAGCUGUCAAGAGCUGGUUCUGAAGGUGCGCAUCCAGAAUCCCAACACCCGUGAGAACGACUUCAUCGAGGUGGAGGUGGACCGACAGGAGCUGACCUACCGCUCGCUGCUAAGAGUGUGCUGCCGCGAGCUGGACAUAAGCGCUGAGCACGUGGAGAAGAUCCGCAAGCUGCCCAACACCAUGCUGAGAAAGGACAAAGACGUGGCCCGGCUGCAGGACUUCCAGGAGCUGGAGGUGGUGCUGGAGAAGUCAGAGGGCUUGUCGCUCUUCUCUGGGGGGGCGGGCAGCCUGGCCGACCGGCCCUGCUACAACAUGAAGGCCUCCCGCCUCACCUACUAACGCCUCCUGGCCUCCAGGUGGCACUCUGCUCGUCACCUGAUGCCAGUCAUCGCUUAGGUUCAUUUGCAAAAUUUCGUUGUGAUACGUCAUAGCUUCCCUAUUAGCCGGCCCAGAAGGCCCCGGUGUCCUUAUUGGUCUAUAUCAUGAUAUGACUUGUUUCCUCAUUGGUCUGUAUCAUGAUCCUAAAGUGUCUCGACUCCUUGUGUCCCCACUAGUUAUUUAGCCAAGCAUGGAUCUCUGUUGGUGAAUAGCCAGAUAGCCAAUCAGUCUGAGUGCCUCUAUUUGAUGUUUUCUUUUCCCAUAAUACACACAGUGCUGCUCGCUGCAGGAGAAUCAGCCUGCAGUUUUCAUAGCUCGCUCGCUCGCUCCCUCUCAAAGAAGGGGAAAGAGUUGGGAGACUAGCUGCCUGUCCCCCCAAUAGUGUUUAAUUCUCCCACAUUCUCAGAUCUAUUUCACCAAUAUUUACUAGUGUCCAUACUAGUGCUCCGUGUGCCAUGUUAGCCGAUCGGUCAGAGUGCUAAUGCUAUGCACUUACCUUGGAUAUUCUUAGGGGGGAAAGGCUGUUUCCUGAGGCGGUCAGAGCACACUUUGGGUUAACUGGCUUGUCUGAGAAUGCUCUGGGGAAACCUCAAAUUGGAUGGUAUUCGAGGACUGUGGGGGGGAGGGGGGAGGGGGGUCCUGGCUGCAAAUUAUGGUCAUGUUCGUGUUUUUCCUUGUUUUUGGAAAUGCCCUUGUGCACUUUACCAAGUUAGCAUCCCAUCAUAUGUGAUAUUUGGGAAGGUAUGAUUCUUUUUUUUUUUCCUCAUUGUAUUUUAAAGUGAUAUGUCCAUAACUGUGAUAAAUCUAAUACCAAAUACUUACAAUGAUCAUUUAGACAAACUGUCCAGUGUAGACAACCAAUCAGAGCAUAGGUUUUUACUAAUCGAGGCAUCAGGAAACCAGUUGUACAUGAGAGGAAGUGAGUAAUGUAGCAGAUGUCUUCUGGUUCAAAGGCUGAUUAGUUAGUUUUAGAGAGGGACAAAAAAGAGCUUCCAAAAACACUUAGCUUCCUUCCCAAGAAUCACUUGAAUAGGUAGGGGGGGGACUAAAUCCAAUCUGUGGUAAUCACAGUUUCAAAUAAUGAGAUGAGUCUCUUUUUGACAUAGUAAAACUUCAAGUCUUUGUUUUUCCCUUGUUGUUGAACAUCUUUCGUUUUAAGGUUGGUUUAACAUGACUAGUUUUUGCCACUAAAUGAAAGGAAUUUCAUCUAAUCAGUUCAGCUGCCGGUUGCAGCCCUAACCAACGCCAUUAUGAAAAACAGCUCAGCCUCUCCAAAUGGUGUUUCAUACCCGGUCAAGACGGAAAAAGUGAAAUUGAGUUUACUUUCUGCAAAUAUGCACACACCAUUCCCGGCAUGCAUAUCAGGAAAAGGUUUCUAGGUGCACUAUGUGUAUAGAAUGAAUAUGCCACUCACAAAAGUGUUUUAACUGGUUCAUGGGUGGGUAUUCAACAUGGUUAUCUUGAGUGAGCUACAGCUCUUACUUUUUUCUUUUAAUAUUAUUAAUAUUUCAAUUUUGUUUGUUUUUUAGCAGUGAGUGCUCAAAACCUGUGAUUUUUACUAUUAAAAUGUUUAUAACGCCCAUCUUGUUAAUCUGUAAAACACUAAUCUGCUUAAUAUUUUAUUUACUGUAUUCUGGGAUAGGUGUCUUAUUUAAAAACAAACUAAAAAAAAAAAUAAUGAACUAGCUGUUAUAAUUUUCUGGGUUGGAGUCUGUUGCCCAUGCAGAGAAUGUGUGCCGCCACACUACAGUGGACAUGAAAGGAAACGCACCGCCACCUUCUGCAGACGCAAGCAAAGUGCCCAACAGGAAACGCUGAAGGACGUGGGGGGGGGAAGGACGCACACAUAGCUCAAGCAGCAGCAGCGUCGGCGGUGGGUGUUUGUUCUGUUUGUGAGGAUGUUGAGUGCUUUUAAAAAUAAACGCUGGCCCUGCGAAAGGUGCUUGGUGGAAACGA